GGAACAGUUAAAAGCUUAUUAUGAUAUGUACCAAAUUUGAUGAUCGUUUGAACAAGAAUGGAGAAAGAGCACCAAAACUUCGUAAAUUUUCCAUCACUCAUAGUUACCUUCUUAUCCUUGUUCAUAGUAUUGUUGUUCAUCAUCAUUUAUCAUCAUCAUCAGAAACGCAGCAAGAUUAAUCAUCGGCGGCAGCAGCUUCCGGCAGGAAGAACCGGGUUCCCCAUCCUCGGAGAAACAAUGGAUUUGGUAACAUCCGGGCCGGAAGUAUUCAUCCGGGACAGGAUGAAAAAAUACGACCCGACCCGAAUGGUAUUCAGAACCUCAUUGCUGGGAGAGAAAAACAUGGCGGUGUUUUGCGGGGCGGAAGGGAACAAGUUCCUCUUCUCCAACGAGAACAAAUGUAUCAAUCCAUGGUGGCCGGCAACGUUUACUAAGCCAUUAGAGUUCCCUCUUCCUAAAGGGUGGACAGUGGCCGAUGCGGCGCGGACGGCCCGGGUUUUCCUUCUCGAGUUCCUGAGGCCCGAAACCUUCCGAACAUGGAUUCCUACAAUGGAUUCCAUGAUCAGAAGACACAUCGAGAAUGAGUGGGCACCUAAAAAUGAAGAGAUCGAAGUUUACCCAGUAUCUAAGAAGAUUGUGUUUUCACUUGUGUGUAGGGUUUUCUUGGGCAUGAAGGAUGAAAAGAAUGUUGACAUCUUGAAACGGGAUUUUGAUAUGAUGUUGACUUUUUUGUUUUCACUGCCCGUUGACUUGCCCGGAACGGCCUACAACAAAGCUAUGAGAGCUGGCAAAAAAGUGAAGGAAGGGAUAUUGAAGAUGGUUGUUGAAAAAAUUCAACAGGGUCACGUUGACGAUGAUGAUGGUGGUGAUAUGGAUCUUUUGACUCACAUUUUGUUCAGAUCAAAAAACUACGACAAGACUUGUAUUAGGGAAAAAGACGUUUGCAAUGUUUUGACUGGUGUUCUACUUGGUGCUUAUGAUGACAUCUCCGCUGCGGCCACUUUUGUGAUCAAAUAUCUUGCACAACUUCCCGAUAUUUACGACCAGGCUUACCGAGAGUGCAUGGAUAUUGCUGGCUCCAAAGUUGAGGAUGAGUUGUUGACUUGGAAUGAUAUCCAGAAGAUGAAGUAUUCCUGGAACGUGGUACGGGAAACCAUGAGGUUAAUGCCCCCGGCGCCAGGAGCAUACGGUGAAGUUGCAAGUGAUCUUAGUUUCCAAGGUUUAACCGUUCCCAAAGGAUGGAAGACAUUUUGGAGCGUGUAUUCAACGCAUAAAGACUCCAAAUACUUUCCAAACCCGGAGGAAUUUGACCCAUCAAGAUUUGAAGGAAAUGGACCGGCACCAUACACCUACGUACCUUUUGGUGGUGGAGUUAGAAUUUGCCCUGGAAGAGACUAUGUUCGAGUGCAGAUACUUGUUUUUAUGUAUAAUGUGGUCACCAGAUUUAAGCUGGAGAUAAUUGAUCCCAAUGAGAAAGUAAGGUAUCAGAUUACCCCUUUCCCUGAACAUGGUCUUCCGAUCCGGCUCGUACCCCACGUUAACAGAGAAACAACAUCAAUGCAGUGAAAGAGACUCUCACUAUCCUCUCUGUUGGGGUAAGUACAUAGUUUCAAAAUUUAGAUUUAUUACUUGAUUGGUUUGUCUGGAAAGACUAAAAACAAGAACAUACAUUACGAAGUACGACCAAAACAUAGAUAGAAGAUGUGCCCUGUGUUUGAUGGCAAAUGAAACGAUUGAGCAUCUCUUUUUCGACUGCCUAAUCUCGAUACAGAUUAUCACUAAUGCAAUGGUCCUAAUUGGAAUAUCUUUCUCAGCAUUUCAAUAGUCCAGCAUCAAAGAGAUUUUCAUAAGAGACUAUGGCUCGAGUUCUGGUAGGGAUGCAUGGCAUCAUCAGGGGACUACUUGCAUCUUCUGUUUAUCACAUUUGGGAAGCAAGGAAAUGCCCAAUUUUGAUAUCUCAACCUUUAUCAGAAUAUGAAAUUAUCUUUUCUUUGAAAAUAAAGCUCUCCACAAUCAAGAAG